ACGGAUACUACGGAUAUGACUCUUUGCGACCAGGUUGGGCGUCAAUAGCUCCCAGACGCCUGUGGGUGGAGCGGCUGGGUAGAGACAAACAUCGCGCAUCUCAGCCAGCAGCAGCGACACAUAGUAUUGACAGUGACUGGCAACUCCGACUACACAGAUGAAUACAGUGGUUCCGCGUAAUUUCCGCCUUCUCGAGGAGUUGGAGGACGGGCAGAAAGGUGGCGGAGAUGGCACCAUUAGUUGGGGGUUAGUGGACGAUGACGACAUGUCACUUACCCACUGGAACGGCAUGAUAAUUGGACCCCCAAGGACACCAUUUGAGGGCCGUAUAUACAGUCUGAGGUUUGAGUGUGGUGCCACCUAUCCUGAUUUACCUCCAGUUGUCAGGUUCAUCACAAGACUCAAUAUGAGAGGAAUCAGUGGUUCAGGAGAGGUGGAUCGAAGAACCUUUCAUGCUCUUGCAAAAUGGCAAAGGAGCUACACUAUCAAAACUGUUCUCUCUGAACUAAAAAGGUUUGCGUAUGAUGUACAAUAAGUCACUGUGAAUUGCUAAAUUUGGUGGCUGGCCCUACCUGGCCACACACUUAAACUUGGUAAGCAGGGUCCUGACUAAAGCAAGUGCAGCAGACACCUGACGAUUUUGUUGCCUGAUAGCUAUAGUGUGACCAAGUGGACAUCUAGCUAUUUCUCACGACAAAACCACACACUAAGCUUUCACUGUUUAAGCUUCUACUUGCAAUGAUGUGUUUGUAUUUCAGGGAAAUGACAGCAAAGGAAAAUUCUAAGCUACCUCAGCCUCCAGAGGGCACCACUUACUGACUGAUGCUUCUGUAUCAUGUGUAUUUUAUUAUAUAGCAUGUUUUUUUUGCUGAUAUCCAUAAUUAUUAUGGCGUGUGUGUGUAAAUGAUGCUGAUGGAGCUUGAACAUGACUUAGCUGUAGUGCGUGUCCAUUUUGUAAUGAUGUGAAAACCUCUUAUGCAAUAGCAUUAUAGUGGCCUUUCACCUGUAACACCCAGGCCGCCACCCCGCCCUACGCCCUCAGUGUCAUUGUUUGCUUCGAUCCAAACAUACACAAUCUGUGCUAUAGUCUCGUGCCCAGACACCCCCUCAAGAGAGGAAAAGGGUCUGGUGACUA